CUUCAGACACGUUUUCCUGUUUCUUGCACCAAUAAAACAUGUUGUUCAACUUAAGAGGAGAAACUGAUCUGCUAGUUUACUAGCAGAUGAAGCUGAUGAAGAUGAAGCUGAUUCUGUUUCUCUCUCUCGCCUGGAUGAUCUGCAACACAGCAGAAACUCUCCGGUGUUUCAAAGGUUUUGGUCCUGGUGUUCUUGGCCCGUGUCACUUUGCUGGUGAUUGGUGUGCAACUUUUACAAUUACUUCAGCUUUUGAAGGAAGUCCUGCAAAAGAUGUUGAGAGGUCGUGUCUGCCGUCUUUUCUUUGUUCUGCACCCAAUCAGUUUUUGUCCUUCAGUAACGCAAAGUUGUCUUUAGCUGAACAUCUUCACUGCUGCAAAACAGGCGGCUGCAACCACCAGGAUUUCCCAUAUCCAGAACUCGGCAAACCAAACGGCCUCAAGUGUUUGACCUGCACUGGUUUGGGUCCUGAUCAUGUGUGUAACAGCACCGUGGAGUGUGUGGGAACACAGGACCGCUGCGUAGACGUCUACGUGAAACAUGGACACGAAGUUGCUCCUUACGCUGGCUGUGUUUCUUCAAACGCGUGUGAUUUGGUUUCUCAGUUGAAAUUCCGACAGGAUUUUGCUGCUCGUUUUAAAUACACCAUUACACCACGAGUUGCAGGAAGCAGCUUCUGCAGCUCCGCUCACAUUACACCAAGCUUUACAGGAAGCAGCUUCUGCAGCUCUGCCCAGGUUUGUCAUUAUCAACCCUGAUGUUGCUGCUUUGCUGCUUGGUUUGUUCACUAUGUUCGUUUUUCAGAACCACUGUUAAACUCAAGAUCAGACUUUAUUAAUCCCACGAUGGGGAAAUUCGUUUGUUUGCAGCAGCGAUAUAACAUUGAACAAAAACAGUCAAAAACAAGAUAGAAACAAACAAUAUUAAGAUGUACAAGAAAAGACAAGGCACUCGACUAAAACUGAAAAAUACAGAAAGAGCACGUCUCAUCUUAUUAUGCUCUGCUUAUAUGAUCUUAUUUCUGUUUUGAAUCUGUAUGAUGAUGCUGUAAUCAAAUCAUGGUUUUUGCAAAUUUUUCAAAUCCUGUCAAACAUUCUUCUGCGUCUCAUAUUAAAGCUUAAACUUCUUCAAUAAAGCCUUUUCAUAUUCA